AUGGAUCCCAACCAAUCGAAUCCUUAUUAUAAUUAUUUACAAACUCCCACCGGUGACAGUUCUCAAAAUUUUCAACCUUUUAUGUUUCAAUCACCACCCUUCUCUACCAGCAACAAUUCUCAAUAUACCCGACCAUUUAUGUUUCAACCACCACCAACCGAGUCUCCUAACAUUGAAUCAGAAUCACCAAUUAGGUACACUACAGAUUCUCAAGUGCCAGGCAAUUCCACUCAGGAUGGUCUAGAAAAUAUUACUUUUACGGAAGAAGGAGAACGUUCAACCCAAAAAAAACAGCGUCUCAGGUUCAUAGAAGAAGAAGAUAAAUUGCUUAUUCAGACAUGGCUUAACAUUUCCAAAGAUUCAAUAGUCGGAGUUGACCAAAAAGCAGAUAGUUUUUGGGGUAGAAUCAAAGAUGGCUAUAACAACUAUCGUGGAUCACUUAUAGCGAGAGAGUGGUCUACACUCAAAUCUCGAUGGCAUCUAUUGAAUAAACAUUGUCAAUGGUUUUGCGGAAACUACAAACUAGCUGUUGCUAACAAGAAAAGUGGACAGUCUGAGACAGAUGUCAUGGAAGAGGCACGUAAAUUUUUUUUCCAAGUGCAUCAUCAACGUUUCACAAUAGAGCAUGCGUGGAGGUUGUUGAAGGAUGAACCUAAAUGGAAGGGGCAAGAAAUGGACAACUCUUCAAAGAGAUCAAAGAUAUCCUCUACCGGGACAUAUUCAUCGUCAUCUUAUCCAGAAAAUCCCAUAGAUUGUUCAGAAUACAACAAUGCAACUCAGACCGACCGCCCAGCAGGACAAAAGGCGGCAAAAAGGAAGGGCAAGGGAAAAGCAUCUCCAUCUAUAACACCCAUAGUGGAUUUGACUGACAUAGAAAGGGCCUCAGAAAAGAAAUUAGCUAUCUAUGGUAAAAUAGCUGAAGCAAAGUUGGCAGAGAGCAUACCCGUGUUGUAUGAAAUUCUCAUGAAGGACAAAUCAACAAUGAAUGAUGAGCAACGCCGAGAGCAUGAAGAAAUUUGUCAAAGUAUCAAGGAGAAGUACUUCAAGAGAAGCUAG